AUGGAUAAAUUGAAUUUUCAAGCUUUGGGGGAGCGUCUAAAGAUUGGUGGUGAACGUCUGAAGGCUGGUGGGGCUGAGAUGAGCAGAAAAGUCAGUUUAAAGAUGAAAGAGAUGCUUCAAGGACAGUCCCAAGAGGCUAAAAUGGUUGAUGAAGCCACAUCGGAAAACUUAACUGAGCCAAACUGGGGCCUUAAUCUGCGGAUAUGUGGGCUACUGAAUGCAGAGGAGUUGAAUGGUUCUGAAGUCAUGAGGGCGAUAAAGAAGAAGAUUGCUUGCAAAAGUACGAUCAGCCAAAAGUUGAGUCUGGAUUUGCUGGAUGCUUGUGCCAUGAAUUGUGAUAAGACUUUCUCUGUGGUGGCAUCAGAAAAAGUUUUAGACGAGAUGAUUAGGAUGAUUGAUAAUCCCCAAACACAUCAAAGUAAUAGGCUUGUAGCCUUCCAGAUGAUAAAGGCCUGGGGUGAGUCAGAAGAUCUUUUAUAUUUACCCGUUUUCCAGCAGAUAUACAUGGUAAGCAAUGUCUCUGUAUCUUCUUUUUGGUCAUUAAAUUAUUUUUUUGCGUCGUUUUCCACUUUGAAAUUUGAAGACCAGAAGUCCCCUUGGAGAUCCAUUGCUUUCGAGUAAAUUUGAAUUCAGCUUUUUAUCGCGUUUCAUUCUGCUGUUUUCAUUUCUUAAUAGAUUCAUACUUUUAGGUUUUGGAUUUUUUUUUUAUAUUUGUAUCCAGUGUUUUUAUUUGGAGUUGUCUACAUGCAGAGAAAAAUUACAAUUUACUCACAUCCAUCCUCUUUUGCUGACCUGUUUCUCCAUUUUAUUUCGCCUAUUCAUGUUUUGGUGUUCAAAUUGCCUUUAAGUUUGUGGCAAUUACUUUUCGUUGAUAAAAUUAAAAAAAUUUAGGCAUAUAUGCUAACUGUUCACAGGGUCUAAAUGGCACCCAAAUCCCCAUCGAAGUGCAAAGAUGACCUAGAAACGACCGAUGUAAAUCACUAGGGACUGGGCCGAACCUUUACGCAAGGAGGUCGGGCUUGACGGUCACUUUUAUGGGGAGACAUGUCUCGGCAUCAGCUCAUGAUGAAGCCAAAAUACUAGACAUAUCUACUGCUUCUUCCAAACUUUGCAAUUACACCAUAGUCAGUAAACAACAAUACUGGUCACUGAGCGAAUUUUUUUAUGUCCUAUUAUGCCAUUAUGUUGGUUUACACCCUAUAGAGAGCAUACCUUGCUGUGAGUUGACCAAUGACAACUUAAUGAAUAUAUUUGGGAACUUAUCAAAUUGAACUUGAGCGAAGGAGAAUUUGAGAUGUGCUAUGAUGUCAGGGGGGGAGAACUCUGACAUUUUUCUUGAGAACGUUGUUUCGUUCUGAUAGUGUUGGUGGAAGAUCGCUCUGAGCACUCAUGUCGUGGUUAUAUGAAGUCUGCAUUCAUAUUUUAGUCACAGCAGCAUGAAGGGAUGAACUCCUCAACUUGAAGAUCUUAGUUGGUAUCACCUUGAAAGAUCCUAACUUGAUUAGAUGGUGCCUCACCACGAUUGAUUUUUCAAAAGUACCCUCUCUUUAGAAGUUCAUUCAGCCUAUUUUAAAAUUCGUGCUCCGGGUUUUCUUUUGAAUUCUCGAAAAAAUUGACACAGAUUACCAUGUAUCACGUACAUCUUUGGAGCAUGCACGUCUUCUUUACUUUGCUUAUGUUUAUUUUUUAUAUAAAUGGUGUAUAAUUACUAGUAUACGUCAUAAAGUUAGAAACGUCUCCAAAUUUUAUUGAUUUGGAUCCUAUUUUCCUGCACGUCAAUCUGUUAUACCUUUUUUUUGUGGGGGGAACUACUGUUCCUCUCGGCUUUGGGAACAUUUUGUCAGAUAAAUCUGUGUACAAUAAUGUUUGCAGAAUUUGAAGUCAAGAGAUGUUCCCUUCAACACGGGGGAUGGUGGUAAUCUGUCUACGGAGUUCACUUCUGCGGAGUCAGGGUUUGGUGAACCAUUAUUCUCUCUUCCUGGACUGCACCCUAAUCUUGAUCUUGGCCAUCAUCAGAAUGUGGAUGUAGACUUAGAUGAUAUCACCUACCUUGGCAGUGGCCUUUCGACGGAAGAAAAGAACGAAGUACUUGUUGUGACACGGAAUAGCUUGGAGAUCCUUUCUUCUCUUUUGAACUCUGAGAAGCCGAACGAAGCAAUCAAGGUACGCGUUCUUCUCCCUCUUCUUGGUUUUUGCUGUCAGAAAAAAGAGCCAUCGUCUUCCUGUGCAUGGUUUCUGUUGUCUUUGACUCCGGGAAAGCCCGUAUAUUUCUGUUGAUGCUUAGUCGAAAGUAGCUUCGACCAUCCCACUCACAACUAGUCGGCAUUGAGGGAAGCAAUGCUAAAUGUGGUGGAUUGAGGGAACCCAACAGCAACAGCCAUCGACUUCUCAUCAAACUCGAAACUAACAGACCUGGAGUGCAGCUGUCUCGGUGCAAAAUCAAGAUUAUUUUUUUUUUGUGUGUGUGAAGUUACUUUUGUUUAUCGUUAUUCAUCAUUUGUGGCUAAUCCCAUUGUUUAGAUGACGAUGCUUCAGACAAGCAGAUGGUAAAAUUACGUGGCAUCUCGCUGUGGUGGUGCAGGACGAUCUGACGUUGGGCAUGCUCGAGAGGUGCAGGGACGCGCAGCCAGUGAUACAGAGGAUAAUGGAGACGGUGGGUGACGACGAGGACAUGCUGUUCUGUGCCCUGAAUCUCCACGAGGAGCUCCUGCUCGUCCUCUCCAAGUAUGCGGAGAUGGAGGCUCUGUUGCCCCCGCCCCACCACCCGGGCACCAACCCCCCGGCGGAGCCGAGCAUUCCCAGUGCGGGAGGCGCGAACGAGGCCGCAAGCCCCGGGAAGCCCGGGGAGGAGGCGGAGCAGGCGUUAUCAGCAGAUAAAGACAAAUAG